AACUCUUAGAAUCUGCGCCGAAUUCUCAACUGAUUUUGGUUCUAAACGUUCUUAUUUUUUUGUUUAUCUAGACAGAGAUCCAAACAUGAGAAUUUUUGUAUUAUAAAUUUCAACUAAUAUUGACACGUGCUUACGUGACGCGGGGGUAACAGUCGACUGAAACUAGAUCGCCGCACGAUCGUAGACGGGAGACGACAGAUUUAGCGCAAACCUCAGCCGUUCUUCUCGUUUACAUGUGCCAGAUUCGUCACAAGACUUCUUUUAGAACGAAGAAAGAAUGGCAAGAUAGUGAGAGACGAGAGACUGGGAAAUGAAACCUAGAAUGGCCUUAAAAUCUAACGCACUUCUAGUCUGGCUUUGGAUCACUUUGUUCGUCGGAUGCCAAUUCAAAGCAACCGCACAACCUGAUCAUGGGAAAACCUGCCACGAAUUGCACAGGCUGUGCGUCAGGGACGUUCAGUUCCAAAACUGUACAUUUAGCCAUUUAGUACCAAGCAUUUCACAAGAGGAGCUAUUUAACAUCAGCGUCAGAGUCAAUGGUCUGGCAAAAUUUACAUGCUUACAAACAAACAAUGCAGCCAGUUUGGCAACUGUCCCCCACAUUGACUGGAUAAAAUGGAAGAACACACCAUCUGCAGAUAAACUUGAUGUUGAUUUUGGAAAUUUCACAAGCAUUGUUUCAAACUCAAAAUACAGUAUCAAACCUGACGACAAGGAAAACUUACAUGUUUCAUACCUAACUAUUCACAAUGUCACAGAAACUGAUGUGGGAUUGUAUUCCUGUGUUGUAUGCAACUCUUAUGGAAGAGUUUACCAAAGUGCCUUGCUUAGUCUUAACACAACUUUGGAUCCAGUUCAUACUACUAGCACACCAAAAACUGUUGAUUCCAGGACUCUUACAACACAGUCUACAAGUCAAAGCAUGGCAACCCAGCGUAUAAAAGUCAUUGUGGGUUGCAUAGGAGCAUUUGUAGGUGUUAUUCUAUUGGCUGUGGUUGUCUUUUUCUUUAAAUGGAGACAAAAAGAACCAAAAAAUCAAGGAUUGCCAAUAAUCCUCCACGAACCUGACUCACCAGAAGAACAGAUUGAUGGUACACCUCCCUUAUCAGUUAAAUUUCGGAAUGGGCUCCUAACAGCAUCCACACAAAGAGACUCACUUUUACCCUUGAUACACAAGAGAAACAGUAGUUACAGAUCGCAGCUAUCAUCAUCAGCAUCUGGAGGAACUGUAGUAACAUAUGCAGAUGAUUUAUUUGAAUAUCCAUUGGAUGAAAAAUGGGAGGUUCCUAGAGAAAUGCUUUUUAUAAAGGAUCUAGCUGGGGAAGGCGCAUUUGGUUAUGUUGCAAAGGCAGAAGCUUUUCAACUGCCAAAUACUUCUACACCUUGUACUGUUGCUGUAAAGAUGCUGAAAGAAAAUGCCACUGAUGCUGAGUUGUCUGAUCUGAUCUCUGAAAUGGAAACUAUGAAGGAAAUAGGAAGUCAUAAGAACAUAGUGAACUUUCUUGGGGCCUGCACUGUACAAGGUCCCCUAUAUCUCAUUGUUGAGUAUUGUCCACAUGGAAACUUGCGUGACUUUCUUCGUGAUAAUCGACCCUCUCUGACAGACAUCAAUGGAAAGACUACAGCUCAGUUAACACUUAGGGAUUUGUUAUCAAUUGCAUAUCAAAUAGCUAGAGGAAUGAGUUACCUGUCUUCAAAAAAGUGUAUACACAGGGACCUAGCUGCAAGGAACGUUUUAAUUGCUGAAGACUUUGUCAUUAAAAUAGCAGACUUUGGAUUGUCUAGAAAUCUGGGCAACACAGAUUAUUACAGGAGAACAACUCAUGGACGUCUUCCAGUAAAAUGGCUGGCAAUAGAGGCACUGUUUGACCAACAGUAUACAGUCAAGACUGAUGUUUGGUCAUUUGGGAUCAUUUUGUGGGAGAUAUUCACCCUUGGUGGGACACCUUAUCCUGGAAUUCCUGUUGAAAGGCUGUUUACAAUACUUAAAAAUGGAUACCGAAUGGAAUGUCCAAUUAACUGUCCUGAUAAUAUUUAUAAAAUAAUGGUAAAAUGUUGGAGUGAAAAUGCUAAAAGCCGUCCUGAAUUUUUUGAGCUCACUGAACAGCUUGAUGAACUUCUCUCAUCUGAAUCAUCUCAGGAGUACAUUGAGGUCUUGGCAAAGUCAGUUGAUUGUUUGGCAGAAGUUGAAAUGGGAUCUGGCCAAACAGCUGAAAGUCAAAAUCCACAAGAAGCAAAUAUCAUACAUGAAAAUAUGGCAAUUAAGGGAAGUGAAGGAAAGGACAUCCCUUUUUCUGACACAAAUCUUCAGUUGACCUCUUAAAUCAAAGAUGGUUUAUAUAUUUACCAUUGCUCCCCUUCCUGAAACAAAUACAGCCAAGUGAGGAUCUCAGAGAAGAUAAAUAAAUGUCUGGCUGCACAAGAUAA